GAAAUAAAGUGCAAAAAAUCGUGAUAUUCGUUUGUCGCGUAAUUUAUUUAUUUUUUCUUUUCUUUUCUUUGCAAACGGCACGUAUUUUCAAUCGCGUAAAUAAAGUACGAGUAGAUAAGAAAUAGAGAUUUGAAAUCUUCCUCUUCCGAUAUAUAUGUAGUCACGCGUACCACGUGAUUCGUUAUUCGAAAUUAUUUAAAGUCAGUAUGGCUUCGCUUGCGAGAAAGAUCUUGCAUAUAAAUAUAUAAAUAUAAAUUACAUAUAAAUAUAUAUAAAUUGCAUAUAAAUUACGAAUGUAACAUUCGGCAUUACCAUUUUUAUCUACGAAUUACAUCAUCCAGAAUAUACAUUAACAAUGGAGCGGUGCGGCAUACGUGUGAAUUCAAAUAAUUCAAAUUUUAACGGUGUUGCAACGCGUAAUAACGCUGCUACGUUCAACAAACAGAAUCAUGUAAUGGACUUAAAAAGGCUUAGCUCAAGAAUUAUGUGCUCUGAUAACAUAACUAGGCAAAGUUUAAACAAGAAACCAAGCGUUCGAACUGCGACUGCAACUACAGACGAUGACGAUCAAUUUUUUAACAAGAUAAAAUCAGAAAUUGAUAAAAAUCUCCUAUCACACUCUAAAGAGUAUCACAGAGCACAUAUAAAUUAUCGAAGUAUGGAUUUAUUAAGGAAAAAAAGGCCUAUAAUUGAUGUGGAAACUCAGAAUAUCAUCAAAAGAUUUAAAAAAGAUGCAAAUUAUAUAAAUUCUAUGCAGUCAUCGAAUAAUAUGAAUAUUACGCAAUUUAAUCAUAUCGAUACUGAUAUGAAAGAAAAUUGUAACGUACCCACAGACAAUAAUAUUACUUUGAGUAAUAACAACGAUGUUAUUCAACGUAAAAAUAUGUUUUCUCCGAAUAUUUUAAAUAUAAGUUCCAGAAUUCCUGCUGACAAGUAUGUAUUUCAAGCGACUUCGAAAUUGCAUACAAAUGUUUUAUCACCUAUAGAUGAAAAUGAAACAGCCAUUCUUCAUGAGGAAUAUGAAAAAUCUUUCUUUUAUGAAAUGUUUCUCACUCCUCCUAAUUCAAUUGAGGAAGACGUAGAUUUAUGAACAUUGUAAAAUUUACAAUACUGUAUAUUUACAAUAUUGUAAUUAAGAAAAAAUAUUGUAAACAAUUUAUUCUAAUCUUAAACAU